AGGGGGUGGGGGCACGCAAUCAGCCAGUCCCUUUAUCGGGGUUUGCAGCUGGGGGUUUUGUCACAUACAAAGCCAAAGUGGAACUACAAGCUGGUGGAUCACCAGUUCAAGAUGCUGCUGGUUUCUCAGCUGAUAGAAGCACCGCGGAUGGAGCCCCACAUUACGAACCUCUUAGGAAUCACAAAUCAACUGGAGAAGCUCUAUCUGGGGUCAUUAUAAUGACUCGCCGAUAAAUGUACAAGUUCUGCCGGAGGCUGUCCCGAGGCUGGCUGUUAUGUGUCUGGGACGUUGUCACUACAUCACACACUUCCUCGAUUUCAGGAUUGCCCUCUAAGCCUGUCUAAUGGGAUUCUCUGUUGCUGACCCUGGCUUACUCUGACCUACUUCCUUCUUCUGUCCCAGCAAGCUGUCAGCAGCUAUCAGAGCACCAGAAGCCGAAAUCACCGGGCACUGAGGGGGAAAAGCAAGGAUGUCGCUGGUGAAUUCCCAGGGAUCCAUUAAGAGGAAACUGGAAGGAGACAACUUUCCCGACAGCAGUUCGUUUGAUGACCUUUACCCUCAUGACAUUAAGAGACCUUGCCUUGAUGAUGUUACUCUUUCUAUGGGACAGAGUACCAACCCCAGUAGCUCAUGUACCGAGAUACAGAUGUCGCCAUUUCCUCUGGAUCAGAAUUCCUCCUCCAUGGGCAUGGCUGACCAUUCGGUCCUACUGGAAAAUAAUCAGAUGAACGAUAAUGACAUUGGAUCUUCGUUCAGCAUGCCACCAAAUACAGAGGUCGGACAGAAAGGGUCGAUGGGCGGAGCGGACAGUAUGGCUCCUUACGAUGAAAAAGGAAACAGUCUGCAGACUGUGGAUCAGGAGCUUCAGGAUCUCCUGGAAGAGCUAACCAAAAUGCCAGACCCUUCUCCUAAUGAUCUCGAUCUGGAAAAUAUUCUGGGGAGCAAGCCAGAAGAACCACUCGGGAUAGUUUCUGCACCACCAACCUUGAGGAGCACUCCUAAGCCUUCUCCUCAAACGGCUCACCUGGAGAACCACGUCACCAGCAAGGAGUUUUCUCCUAGUUGCGGCCAGACGGUGACAAGCGGGUCGCCUCAGCUGCGGCCCUCCUCGGCAGGAGCGAGCUACCCGGCUCAUCCUCCCAGCAAGCCUACCACCUCGCCCGUUUCUUCGACAACCCAGACGAAGUGCCAGCCCCGGAAUAUGCUAACUGGCUCCUUACCCACCUUGUCUGGACCUCACUGGCAUCACGCCCACCAACUGAAGGCCCUGGCAGCCAGCAAGCAAGUGUCUUCUACAAAACAGCAAAUGCCAACAUCCAGCUGGUCUACUAUGGCGUCUCCGGGCCUUUCUCCACCGUACCCACCGGGGUCCUCGCCACACCAACAGCCGUACAGCCCUCAGAGCAUCAUGGUGUCUGGAAUAUCAUCCACCACUCUGCCGGGGAGCAACCUCCAGAGCUCUCCCACUGCCUUGCUUUCCAAUCUCUCCGUCAGCGGCAACUCUAGCGGCGGUCCCUCCGGGCCCUUUGGUUCAGAGAUGAUGUCCAGUCCCAUUCUCACUCAGCAACAGCAGCAGUUCAGCCCUCCCAAUGUCAUGCUUUCCAACUUGACCUCCCCGGCCAUCCCUACUACCAGUAUCAAGAGUCCUUCGAGCAGCCUGGUCUCGAGCAUGGUCACUACCAAUCCAUCCUCACCAUACCGUCCAGACAAGCUCUCCAGCCCAGCUCUGCAUCAGCAGUCCUUCAGUCCACAGGGCGCUCUGAUCUCAAACGUCAGUACCCCCGCAAGCAUGCAGCAGCCACAGCCGCCGCCGCCGCCACCACCACAGCCGCAGCAGCAGCAGCAGAACCCGCUGUAUAAGACCAUAAGCAACAAUCCCUCGAAAAAUCUUAGUGUGAUCCUACAGCAAGCUUCCGGUGGCUUGCAGUCCGGGCUGGUGAAUGAAGGCCCUGGAAGUCAGGAGCCCUUUUCCUUUGGCAAUACCAAGCCCCUGUCCCACUUCACUUCUGAGGCAGCCCCCCAGAAGGUGGCAACCAUGACUUCAAGCUCAGGGCAGCAGUCCCUGCUCCACUACCUGCAGCAGCCUCCACAGGCCUCCACUCAGCAGCUGCAGGCCCAGCAGCCCAACAGUACACAGUUUUUGCUACAGCAGAUGAUGCAGCAGCCGCAGAGGACCCAACGACAUAUGUCACCUGCCUCUUUGCCUUCUCAGCCUAGACAGGAUGGGAAUCCCGGCAUUGCUGCCAGACUUCAGGAAGCAGGCCCUCUCCAGAGUGCAGGCAGCUCCAUUCCAGCAGCCACUCCGGCCACAGUGAAUGGAUGCAUGAGAAACCAUUUGCUCAAGCAGCAGAUCCUACGCCGGCAGCAUAUCAUGCAGCAGGAAAAGCAGAGACCAAAUGUUAUGGCAGUGCCACCUGAGCAGCGGACUCCCUAUCUCUGCCAACAGAUGAGUCAGUUUUCAACCAUGCCACAGCAAAUGCCUUCUGACUGUGGCCAGUCCAUACCAACUCCUCCAACUAAUCCGCGCAGGAUGCCAUCCACAUCUGGGAUCCUUCAGAACACCAUGACCCCCGGAAUCAGUUCAACUACUGGCAACCAGAGCGCAGGGGGCAUGGUCAUGAUCCCCCAGACCCCCGGGAAACAACAGGCCAUUUUCCCGUCUGGCUCUGAUUUUAACGUCUCCAUGCGACAGAAGCAAACUUCGGCUAGUCUGAGCUCUGUCAGCCAGACAGCUCACAGCAGUCAUUCAGCGGUCAAGCCUGGAAUGGCUCUGCCUGGCUUCAGCGCCGGCUCCUUAGCAAACCAAUCCGCGAGCCCUCACCAGUUACGGCAGCCCAACAUGGCCCGAAUUCCCGCCAUGUAUCCGAGUUCCUCUCCUCAGGCGUGGAUCUCUACAGUGGCCUCCAGAAUGCCCAAUCAGAGCCAAAUAGACACCAGCAUCCAGCAGUUCUCCACCAAUCCUCUUUUCUCCAAACCAAAUGUGAGAUCCAAUCUGACAGGUCAACAGUUCUCACCUCAGUCGGUGAUUCCCCCCAAUCAGAUCGCCCCCGGGGUCAGGCAGAUUCCGAAAGUGAAUGUAGGCCAGCCUGCUCAAAGCCUCAACAUGCUCAACAGUCAGAGUCUGAGGCAGAGCCUGACCCGAGCUCCAUUGCCAGCCAUGAAUGUCAUGAAGCCCAUACCCCAAAGCAUGUCCACUUUCAACCCGAUCAGCCCAGCCCAAGGCAUAGAGCCUCCGAGCUAUCCGGUCACCAGCCAGGCGUCUGGGACCUUCAGCAGGAUGGGGGCUCCUCCAGCAGAGCUGCCGCCGUACGAUUUUGGCCCACAGCAGAAUGAUCCCAUUUUGCCAGACAGCUGCAGCGAGACAGACUUCAUCGAUUCCCUCAUGAAAAGCGGCAGCAACAAUGAUGAAGAGUGGCUGAACAACCUGAGAAUGAUCGAUGACAUCUUAGGGCAGCACAAUCAAAGUUCCGGUCACGUUUAGUUCUCGGUGAGGUCCUCAGAUCUGACACCCUCCUUCCCCGGCUGGGGCUUGAGGGUAGGGGAACACCAAACAGGAAAACACAAACCCACUACAAACACACACACACACAC